AUGUCUUCAGUACCAGACUCGGAUGAAUUAAAAGCCAAAUAUGCAGAAAUAGCUGCAUUAAAGAAGGCAAUAAAUGAAAAGAAACAAGAAAAAAGUAUGCCUGGCCCGCUAGCAACGGGUUAUGAUGGGCAUUAUUAUGGUAAUGUGAAUGUGAAUAGAGGUGGAUUCAGAAAUGGAUACAGAGGUGGAUUUAAAGGCAGGCAUAAUAAUUAUCCAUACGUUGGGGGAUAUAGCAAUAGUCGUAGGGGAAAUAUGCAUCGAAAUAUGAGUGUUGUAUUCAACAACAACAUUACUAACGAUAAAGAUAUAGAAAGCUCGCAAAAUGAUGAAUCCAAUGUAACUGAGCCAAAAUACGUUUCAUCUAUAUCGAAAAGUGGAAUGUCAUUAGUAAAUUCAGAGGUAUACGAGAAAGAUAAAAUCAAGAUAAUACAACGUAGUGAGAAUGCUAAACAAAUGCAAGACCAGAUUAAACAAAAGAAGAAGGCUAAUGCCAUCAGAACUAGAGUUUUUAAAAACCAAAGUAAAACAGAUAGUUACGAUCGAGUAAAAGUUGAUGGCGAUACUUUUGCUGUAACCAAUAAUGGCGAUGACUUAGUUCUUUUGACAAUACCUACGGGUGAAAAACCAAAAACUAUUGUGUGGAAUAAUAAAACUUACACUAGAAAGAUAAACGGUGAUUUAAAAAACCAGACUCCUCGUCGUGGCAGCUGCAAAUACAAACAUGAUCAAAACUACAUCAAGUUGUGCCGUCAAUAUUUAUCGAAUAAUUGCCAUAAUAAAAACUGCUUAUUAUCUCACUCUCCAUCCCAAUAUAAUACACCUCUUUGCCGCUAUUUCUUAGAAAAUAAGUGUGUCAAUCCACAAUGCACAUAUGAACAUGUUUUGCCGAAGAACUACGACAAGCCUAACUAUGAAAUUUGGGUCUGUCGACCUUUUGCUAUUGGUGGGUCUUGUUCCCGUGGAAGAAAAUGUCCAUUCAUGCAUUUGUUUGUUUGCCCUGAUUUUCAAGAAAUCGGCAAUUGUCCUAGAGGUAAGUCAUGUACUUUAGCUCAUUCUGCAACUUUGAGUACCCAAAGGCUGAUGCUAUCAAAAGAUAAGCUGCAGCCUGAUACAGAGGUUCUUAUUGAGAGUGAUUCCGAAGAUAAUGACCAAACACCCCAAAUUAUUAAUAGUUACACUAUAGACCCUUCCUCGUUAUUUGAGACUAGCAGAGAUGGCAAAUACGAUAUAUACAUUGACAAUGAUGGAUCUGAAUCAACCAACACUGUGAAAAAUGAAGCAAAUAAAAAUACAUUUAAAGAAAACUCAGAGUUCAUGAUCCAUUUGGAUUCAGAUAGUGAACAAGAAAGAGAAAAUAAUUCUGGUUCUGACUCCUAUGAAAGUGAAACUGAUGACUUACAAGAAAACAACGAUUUUAUAGAAUUCUAA